AAUAUAUGAGUAUUACAUAUAUGGCAAAAACACAGCAAGUGUAUAUGCCAAGUUGGAAAAAUUGACAAAGCUGGCCAAAAAGAAGAGUCUUUUUGACGAUCGACCGCAAGAGAUUCAAGAAUUGACUUACAUCAUGGUGUAUGCGUUACAAUCUAAAUUAGCCAGCAUGGGCACUGACUUCAAACAGAUCCUAGAAGUGCGUAUAGAAAAUCUCAAACAACAAAAAGCGCGUCGGCAUCAAUUCGGGCAGUCACCAGUUGCUGCUAACACUGUUCGCUCGAGUACAGCGAAACAGGGCGUGCUAAUAACGAAUAUGUUUGUGACACGGCAAGAUUUUAACAAGUUCAGAGGCGCGGUCUUAAAGUUGUGGGUUUUUAAAUACAUAAAUAUAUAAUAUCCUAUUCAUAUACAUACAUAUAAAUCACACUAAUGUAAUA